AUGGCUUUCCAUUGUUAUGACAUGUUGGUGCUUGUGUUUUUUCUAGUGAACAUUAGCUUUUAUGGAAGUGUAGAUGGUCAGAAAAACGCUUUAGGAGCCUCUUUCAUAUUUGGAGAUUCAUUGGUGGAUGCUGGAAACAAUAACUAUUUGUCAACUCUUUCUAAGGCAAACAUCCCUCCCAAUGGAAUUGAUUUCAAGGCCUCUGGGGGAAACCCCACUGGCCGCUACACCAACGGAAGAACCAUUGGUGAUAUAGUUGGAGAGGAAUUGGGACAACCAAAUUAUGCCAUACCAUUUUUAGCACCAAAUGCAACAGGGAAAACCAUACUGAGUGGAGUGAACUAUGCUUCGGGAGGGGGAGGAAUAAUGAAUGCUACUGGAAGGAUAUUUGUGAAUAGAAUAGGAAUGGAUGUUCAAAUAGAUUACUUCAGCAUAACAAGAAAACAAAUUGACAAACUGCUGGGUGAAUCAAAAGCUAAAGAAUACAUAACGAAGAAAUCCAUUUUCUCUAUCACCGUUGGGGCCAAUGAUUUUCUCAACAAUUACCUUCUCCCAGUUCUCUCCAUUGGAGCCAGAAUUUCUCAAAGUCCAGAUUCUUUCAUAGAUGACAUGAUUACUCAUUUCAGGGCCCAACUCACGAGACUGUACAAAAUGGAUGCCCGAAAGUUCGUGAUAGGAAACGUUGGGCCAAUAGGAUGCAUACCUUACCAGAAGACCAUAAAUCAGCUGAACGAAGAUGAGUGCGUGGAUUUGGCCAACAAACUGGCGCUUCAAUACAAUGCUCGAUUGAAAGAUUUGGUUGCCGAGCUAAACGACAACCUACCCGGUGCCACCUUCGUUCUCGCCAAUGUCUACGAUUUAGUCUCAGAACUCAUAAAAAACUAUAAGAAAUACGGGUUCAGAACAGCAAGUAGAGCUUGCUGUGGAAAUGGGGGCCAAUUCGCAGGGAUAAUUCCAUGUGGGCCUACUUCGAGUAUGUGCAGUGAUAGGUACAAGCACGUGUUCUGGGAUCCUUAUCAUCCAAGCGAAGCUGCAAACCUAAUCCUCGCUAAGCAGCUACUUGACGGAGACAACAGAUACAUAUCUCCUGUCAAUCUUAGGCAGCUCAGGGAUCUUUGAUCUUUCAUCUUUCAUUUUCUUUUAUUCUUCUCUUCUCUUUCUCUACCACUACUUUUCUUUUUCCAUAACAUCUUUUCUCGUGCUUUCAUUAUUCACUGCAAUUCACAUAACGUAAUUUACGACCGUAAUUUCUCCUUUUCUUUUAUUAUUAUAUCUGUGGUGUGAUUCUGAGUUUUAAUUAUGUUGACAUGUUAACAAACAACACUUGACGUCCCUGUGCACAAAAAAAAGUGAGUCGCUAUAGUCUGAAUCAGACAUGGGAAAUUUUCAUUUUCUUGUCGCUCCUGAUGGUGACCAUUUUGCAAUAGAUUAUACCAAGUUUAUAUUUU